AGAGAUUUUAAGAGAAAGUUAAUUAUGUAUUAAGUAUAAUAAAGGCCAAAAAUCUAGAUUUUCACAAGUUGGAUAUGUGAAUGAUAAAAGAGUGAGUAGCUGAUAAUAUCAAAAUUAAAUAUUUCCAACAUGAUUGUCACUUAGUCGUAUCAAACUGUUGUUCGUGCAAAAGCUCAAAAGUGAUGACAACCAAAGAAACAAGUUCAUGCAUAUCAAUAAGUUCUCAUUCGCACCACACGUAACAAAUUCGUGAAUAUGUUAUGAUCACUCCACUGACGUCCAUGAAAAAAAAAAUAUGAAUUUGCCAGCAUGCUUCUUACAUUUGACGUGUAUUUUAAUUUAUCACUCUUAGAAGUGGAGGAUAGUGGAAGAAAUAUCAGAAAAGCACUGAACAAGAGCUAAUAGAUGAUAUCAGAGUUGCCAAGAUAUUGUUAAAUUUGUUCCUUUCUUCCAUGAAGUCAGCAUCAAUCAUUAUUAUAUGAAGCCAAUAUCUGUGACUAUCUGAAGAAGAUUCAUUAGAUUUUUCAGUCUUCACGAUGGCACUGAAAUCAGCAAUGUUAUUGAUGUUGAUCUCCUCAGUAUCGAUAGCAGUAGGAAUGGAUUCUAAUGAAAACAUAGUUGCAAUCUACUGGGGCCAGAAUGGAAAGGAGGGUACACUGGGGGAGGCUUGUGCCACAGGGAACUAUGAUUAUGUGAUCAUAGCAUUCGUGCAAAGCGUUGGCAAUGGGCAAACUCCAAUGAUGAAUCUGGGUGGUCACUGCGAGCCUUAUAGUGAUGGAUGCAGUGGCCUAAGCUCAGACAUAAAAUAUUGUCAAGCAAAAGGUAUGAAGGUCUUGGUCUCUUUGGUAGAAGGUGGUGGAAGUUACAGAAAUGUAAGUGAAGUAGCGAGUUACCUUUGGAAUAACUUCUUGGGGGGAGUCUCAUCAUCUCGGCCUCUUGGCCCUGCUGUCCUUGAUGGCAUUGAUUUUGGCAUUCAGUAUGAGAUUGAAGCUCGAUCAAAGCAAUACUGGCGUGAUCUUGCCAAGAUUCUUAGAGGCUAUCACAUCACCAACCAAGACCAGAAACUGUACAUAACUAUAGCCCCCCAGUACCCAUUUCCUGAUCUUUGGAUAGGAAAUUCUCUCCUCACAGGCCUUUUCGACUUUGUUUGGUUCCCAAUUUUAUACUAACACUCCUUCCCAAUAAACUUCUCUUUAAAUUACAAACCUUGAACCAUGGAAAUACUCUACCUUAUAUAUCCCCUCAGAAUGUAUUUCUCUAAGGGUCAUAGAAACAGGUACAACGUAUGCACCACCUAUCAUGUUCCUCAUAAUUUCAACACAUGAUCAUGACUAGCUUCAGUCAAAAUCUAUCUUUCACUUUUUCUUUUCUGUCAUUACAUUUAGCAAAUCAUAGAAAUUCUAAUUUAAAACUAAUUUAAAUUUUAAUUCACAAAUCAAUUUUAAUUUUUUAUUUACAACCGAAACUAUGUUAAAUAUCAGUUUAUAAAUUAUUAUUUGAAUUAGUUAUUAAUCAUUAAAAUGUAGAAGUAGAUGAAGGUAGAGAAAUUCUUAAUGAAAGGGGAAAAUUUUGUAAUAUGACUAGUAGGAAUCAUAGAAUAGAUAUAUGGAAUGUAUGUAAGAUUAAUGUUGUAUAACUAUUGGAGUAUCAUAACAUAUAUCUUAGGGUGGAUAAACAUGAGGCAUGUGAUGCUACAGUUUAACCCACUUAGUACAAAACAUUUUGCAUAAUGUUUUUUAGGUUUGAUUGUCUACGGUAAUAUUCUAUUUUUUCUAAUUUGUUUAAUUGGGGACAAAUUUGAAUGAAAUGUCUUGUAAAUAUUGUUAUAUAUUUUUCAUUUUCUUUUGUUGUUGCCGAUGAAACAAAAAUGCUCCCUACAUCUACUCCUUUUAGUCCCUCCUUCAAAAUUACAUUAAUUUAACCUAGUUAAAUAAUGUUCAACAAUAAGAAAGAACAUUGAAAAUAAUGUUCAAUAAUAAUGUUCAAAAACCAUGUCUUAAAGCUAAUAUUUAUAUUUUCAUUUAUUAAAAUUUAACGUUAGUUUAAUGUUGUUUAAGUCCAAUUUUUUUUUAAGUUUGCUAAGCUUAACCUGCAUAUAUAUUUUAUAAAAUAUAUUUAAAAAUUGUAUAGUAUGGUCGUUUAGUCAAUCAUUUUGAUCUUAUGUGAAACUAUCACUGAAUUGAUUGGCCAGACUAUAGACGAAAUUAGCAAUGAGAAUAAUUACAUUAAUUCUAAAUCAGAUAAUUACUGUUUGGACUAUAAUUAGGUCAACACUAAUCAAAAGUCCAGUCCAUAAUUUAUAAAUACAGGUUUGAUAUCCAGGUAUUUGGUUACUUUUUACUACGCAUUUAUUGCUAGAGCAUUCAGAUAAACACUGACUUUAGCAUCAGAAUGUCUUCUACAAGUAGAACCUGGUUCGACCAAAUGGUAGAGAAAGGACUAAAGAUAGAACCUAGACCUAAACUUGGAACUUAUAGAUUAUUUGUGGAAAAAGACUUAACUUUAACCCCAUAAACCGAAAUAUUUUGGCACCCACCAUGGGACACGAGGACGAAAGAAGAGAUCCAAUGAUGACCACAAGAAACAUGGGAGACCAACAAGAUUCGAUGGAGCUUAUAAAACAAAUGCAAAGACAUAUGUAGGAGAUGCAUAGAAGGCAUAAGGCUGAGAUAGCUGCAUUGAGAGCUAAGCAUGUUACCGGUCAGCAACAUCAGUUGGCCCAACACUCGAUGUCACUCAUUCCCACAACCUCGAAGGAGAACAAUUAGGCUGAAGGACCAAGCAGAACUAGUCAAGAGAUGAGUACCGCCACAACAAGGAUAACCCUUUUUGUCCAAACGGUACAGGUCGAGGGUCUGCUACCCUUCAAUGUGACUAUUAUGGAGGCGUCAAUUUGAGAAGUCGACAACCCCCGCAUUAUAGAAGUACGACAGGUCAAGUGAUUCGAACGAACACUUUCAUUCGUUCGUGAACACCAUGGCUUUCUACUCAUCUAGCGACCACGCAUGGUGUUAAACAUUCUCUCUAUCACUGAAAGGCGAGAUGUUGGCAUGGUUCUACACCUUGCCUCCCAACACAGAGGACUAUUUCGCUACUGCCCACUCCCUAUUUGGCAGGCAGUACGCUUCUAGUCGAGUCUAGAGUUUGACACACCUUGUGUUGAUUAGUACCAAGCAAAGGAAAGAUGAAUCGUUGAAGGCCUUCAUGGACCAAUACAACAAAAUCGCUCGACAAGUGAGAGAUGUUAGUUAGGAGUUCAUCCUCAAUAACUGGUCAACGGCUUUAAAAGCGAGAAUGUUCGCGGAUAGCAUGUGUGUUAGACUGUCAAAAACCAUGGACGAGUUGCAGGAGAAGGCAACUGAGAUCAUGCGCAUAGAAGAGAUGCGCACCUUUUGGAAGAGACAGUAGGAGGAGGCUAUAGCUAAAUCUAUUGGAGGGGAGUGGAAGGCUUGAAAAGAACCGCUCAGCGAAGGCGACAAGUGGGGCGGGUCAAAGCCAAAAGACCUUCCUUAAGUGCCCAAGUUUAAUUAGUACACGCCUCUGAAUGCAGCAAGGGAUAGAAUCCUAGAAGAGGCAUUAAGUGUUGAUCUCCUCCAUCCUUUAAAGAAGAAACCAACCCCGAGGAACGUUGAUGGUAAGAAGCACUACCGGUACCAUUAGAACCUCAGGCAUAUUAUGGAGGAGUGCUCUACACUUCGCAACAAGAUUGAAGAGUUGAUCCGAGCAAGUCACCUUAAGAAGUAUGUGAAGGUGGAACAGGCGAAAAAAGGUCCCCCACAUGGAAGAAGCCUCAAUCGUCUCCCAAGACAGGACGAUUGUCGCUAUGGUAACCGACCGCCUGAUCAACCAUGGACCGAGCAGUCAACAACCCUUUCGAUCCCAUGUGAAACGAUCUAUGGGCCAAUCAGUCAAACUACAGAUGAAAUUAGCAAUGAGAAUAAUUACAUUAAUUCUAAGUUAGAUCAUUAUUAUUUGGACUGUAAUUAGGCUAGUAGUAAUCAGAAGCUCAUCCCAGAAUCUAUAAAUACAGGUUUGAUAUUGAGGUAGUUUGUUACUUUUUACUGUGCUUUUAUUAUUAGAACAUUCGAAUAAACAUUAACCUUAGCAUUGGAGUGCCUUCUGCAGAUAACAUCUAGUUCGAUCGAAAAAGUAAAGAAAGGGAAGAUAGAACCUAAACCUAAACUUGGAACUGGGAGAUUAUUUGUGGAAGAAAACUUAAUGUUAACUUCAUAAACCGAAAACAGAAAUAAAUUUAAAAUUUUUAAUUUUCUUUUAAAAAUUAAUAUUUUGCAUGACUUAAAUAUUUUGCAUCACUCUAAUGUCUUUCAAACCAAUAAUGUCAUUAAUAACAAUGAUUAAGAUAAUAAACAAUAUAUUGGAAGGGCAAUGUUUAACCACAUCUUCGUAAUUACAACAUAUUACUACUUCUUAUACAGAGCUUAAACAUUAUGAAAACUCAAAAGUAAACUCCCUAAUGUUGUA